AUGCAGCAAAUGUGGCUCGACAAAAUAGACUGGGACGAACAUAUAAAACCUGUGGCUCUACAAAAAUGGAAGACUUUCAUUUCUAAUUAUAAUGAGAUUGAUACAAUUAAUCUUGAUCGUUGGGUUCAAUAUACGCCUAGUUCUUAUAUUGAAUUUCAUGGCUUUUGUGACUCUUCUGAGUUAGCUUACGCAGCUACACUAUAUAUACGUAUAAUGAAUGGUGAUAAAGUUUACGUUAAUCUUCUUAUUGGCAAGACAAAAGUGGCUCCAGUUAAAAGGCUUUCUUUGCCACGUUUAGAGUUAUGUGGCGCAGUUCUUUUAGCCAAUUUAGUAAACAGCGUAAUCCCCAAUUUCAAAUUGCAUACGUAUAACUUAUAUUUGUGGUCCGAUUCGACAAUAGUUCUUGCUUGGUUACGAAAACCGCCAUGUAAUUGGAAAACAUUUGUGGCAAAUAGGGUAGCUACAAUAUUAGAAAAAGUAGGAAACAAAAAUUGGUUUCACGUAGCUUCUAAUCACAAUCCUGCCGAUCUAGCAACCCGGGGGCUGAUACCUUCGGAUUUAAGAGAAAGCAAACUUUGGUGGCAUGGUCCCGAUUGGCUCCGGUUGAAUAAAUCGUCGUGGCCCGAAGGUUCAUUGGAAUUCGAAAAAGUAGAAGAAUCGAAACAAGUCCAAGUUAAUAUUGCUAGAUCUGCUGAACGAGAAGAUAUACUGGACCGUUUCUCGAGUUUGCCCAGAGCAUAUCACGUUAUUGCUUACAUAUUUAGAUUUUUCAACCUUGCGAGCAAAAGCAGACAUAAAAGCUGUAAUUACGAAUCUGUUAGAAUUUCGGCUCAAGAACUCGUAUUUGUACGAAAUCGGCUAUUUUUUCUUUCUCAACAGUCGCACUUUUCUAGUGAGUUUAGUUGUUUAUCAUAA